AUGCCUCAAAAAAGAAAAGAUUAUGUCCGCUUUGCCGUGGGGCAAUACGCAAAGGAAAGAAAAAUCCGGCAGCAAGAGCUAGCCAAAGAAAAAGCCAGCCUCUCAAGUGAGGUGAAAACCUUGCAGCGACAAAUCCAGAGACUAGAUAAUAAGGUAUUCAAAUUCUGCUUACAAUUUUAACAUACGAUUGCAACGAGGGUUGGAACGAGGUUUGAUUUCCUUCUCAUGUUUACCUAUUCUUUCUUAUUCUUUGCAUAUCUGUAGGUGAUCAUUUAAUCGAAACGUUUUUCUUUUUUCUAUCCGAUAUCGGGCCUUUUUUUAACACAGAUCGACAUAAAUUUGUAACACGAUCCUGUAAGAGAUUCCUCUUAGUCAAUAACAAUACAUCUAGUCACGCAAGUGAGGAGAAAUCGACAUUUGAUAUACAGUAAACACCGUUGCUUGUUAAAUUCUCUUAUUUAAGACUGAGAGAAUCAAAAUUAAAGAUGAAAAAUCCACACUACUGCACGCAAUGUAAUAUUUGGAAUAUAUUAAUAUCUAUUUACAUUCAUAAACAGAGAAUCUUUUUAGCUCUUUGAUUUUGACAACAAUGUUUUAAAGACAUUAGUAUUUCUCCAAAAUUAUACUGACAGAUUUAAGCAAGUACAAUUGUACAUGUAGAAGAGACUAUCGUUUUGAAAUGAAUGGGUACAAGGUUUUAAAAACAACGGAAUGCUUUUUGCCAGCUUGCUGUGAUAUUACAAGGGCGGCCACAAAUAAGAUAUGAGAUGGCAUAAUCUUUGAUAAUCAGCCUGGUCAUAAUUGCAUCUCCUGUUGAAACCUCCCAUUAAACAAUCGAAAUAAAAAAAUCUGAUCAAAACAGAUUUUAAAAGCAACAUGUUACAAAUCAAACUUGAAAAAUAUUUUUGCAGAAGGUUGGCCCCAGCAUGACUCAAUGCAAUGUAAUGUUUGGAAUAUAUUAAUAUCUAUUUACAUUCAUAAACAGAGAAUUUUUUUAGCUCUUUUAUUUUGACAACAAUGUGUUAAAGACAUUAGUAUUUCUUCAAAAUUAUACUGACAGACUUAAGAAAGUACAAUUGUACAUGUAGAGACUAUGGUUUUGAAUGAACGGGUACAAGGUUUUAAAAACAACGGAAUGCUUUUUGCCAGCUUGCUGUGAUAUUACAAGGGCGGCCACAAAUAAGAUAUGAGAUGGCAUAAUCUUUGAUAAUCAGCCUGGUCAUAAUUGCAUCUCCUGUUGAAACCUCCCAUUAAACAAUCGAAAUAAAAAAAUCUGAUCAAAACAGAUUUUAAAAGCAACAUGCUACAAAUAUAACUUGAAAAAUAUUUUUGGGGAAGGUUGGUCGCAGCAUGACUCAACAUCUUACUUAUACUUUAAUAGGUGUAAGCCAAUAUAAUAUUUUUCAGAAAAAAGAACUUGGAGAAUGUCUGUCAGCUGAGAGUCAAGAAAAGAAUGUUCACACCCCUGAAGGUGAAAUAAAGAUAGAUGACUUUGUCAUUUUUGUAUGAGAAAAUAUUUGUUUGAAUAAAAGGAGGCCCAUGUGUAUGACAUUUAUCUGCUGAUAUAAAUUUAAAAAUAUGAAAAGUAACAGACCAUAAUCUUUGCUCUCUGUUUUUAAACAGUGACACGUGUACGUCCACCAACGAACACUGUCUCACCUCAGACACUACAGCGUAGAUGUAGAGAAACAUUUCAGGCUGCCAUGAAGAUUCAUGGAGGAACAAAAUCUAACAAAAGACCUGCACUUGAUGGUCUCUACCACACUGUUUCUAAAAAAUGCAAAACUAGUGUGCUUGGUGAUUAUAUAUUAUCUAACAGUAAGGUUACAAAUUAUGUCAUUAAGCAAUGUAAGCGAAGGCAGUUGGCAGAAUUUGAAUGUUCAAAAGAUAAUAUAUUGCGAAGUAUAGCUACUUACUAUACUUCUGGGGUAAUGGGGAAAAGGAAAUAUCAAGCUGUGAGGCAGGCAUCCUCAAUGAAGUCCAGUAAUUUAAAGAGGGGGGGUAAAACAGCAAUUAAUUUUAUGCCAAACUGUCCCAUACCAAAACUUAUCACUUAUAAUUCUCUUGUAAGUGAAAUUAAAAAGAUUGACAUAGGAAAGGUUUAUUAUAUUGAGGAAGAAUUCUGUACUGACAUAGAUGAUGAAAAUAUUAAUGGGUGCUUUAGAGAUUUACGAGAGUAUUUACCACGGCUAGCAAAAUUUUACUUAAAUAUGCAGGGGAAACGCAAAGGUGCAUUGAAAUGGUUUGGGGAAACAGAGGGUAGGUUUCUUGUUGCAUUUGGGGGGGAUGGAUGUCCUUUUGGUAAAAAUGAAUCUGCUUGUUCAUUCCUUAUUAGUUUUCUGAAUGUAGGAAAGAGAGUGGCAUCCAGCAGUGACAAUUUUUUAGUCUUUGGUGCUAAUGUAGAGGAGACGUCUCCUGUUGUAAAAAAGUACUUAAAUUCUGUAUGCAAACAAAUUGUAGAUUUAGAUGGACGUAUAUUUGAAAUUAAUGGUUUACAAGUGUCAUUUCAUUUUGAGGAGCUUCCCAAUGACAUGAAAAUGCUUGCAAUGCUUGGUGGGGAGCUAAGCAAUUCUGCUACAUUCUUUUCGUCAUUUGCAAAUGUGAGUACAAAUGACUGUACUGACUUAAGCGGCACAUUUGGGUCCAGCCCUUCAUGUAAAUGGAAACCCUGGGAGUAUUCAAGUAGACUGAAGGUUGUUCAAAAAGUAGAUUCUUUGAAGUCCUCCCUGGAUGGGAAACCUUUGUCCAGAAAACAGAAGAGAACUAAAGUAACAGAAUUUAUAGCUCGUCAAAAGAGCCGUCAAGAAUGUCUUCCUUUGGUGGGUAAGUUAAUUGACAAAGCUCAUGUAGAGCCACUUCAUCUCAAAAAUAAUGCUUGGGGGUAUUUUUUCAAAGUAUUGUUAAAGGAGGCAGUGGCCAAAUCCAACAUACCAGCAACCUGUAAAACAUUUGCAGAGGUCCCACAGGAUACCUGUCUAGGGAGAGUGGUCACUGCUCUCAAAUGUGAAGUGAAGGCUGGUCGCUUGGCCAAAAAGGUUCGAAAAUGGUUUGACGAAACACAGGGUAAGUCGGGGGAUUUACAGUAUCGUUUUACAGGCAAAGAGUCACGGUUGUUUUGUCACAACUUUGCAAGGUUGUUGACAUUUUUGAGGCAGGAAGGAGACAGUCAAAAACAACAGCAGACUGUGCUCACCCUUGCUUAUGUUGGGUUAAGACUGAGGGAUUUGUGUUCAAUCAUCAAUCGAUUUGAAGUGGAAGAUACUCAUCUUGAGCAACUUCCGACCUUAGCACAAGAGUACUAUCGUGCCAAUGCACUACUAUUACCCACCUCAGUAAAUCCCACCAUCUGGACCAUUGGUCAUGUUGUGCCUGCUCAUGCCAGGCAAGUCUAUGAUAAGUACGGUCAAGGUCUUUUAACAGUAACAAUGGAAGGUAGAGAAGCUAAGCAUAUAGCUUUGCAAAAGUUGAGUGCAAACACCACCUACCAGAAUCGAUGGGCUGAAAUUUUCAGGCAUGAAUUUAUUAUGUUACUAUGGUUACCUGAACAGCAUCAUGAACCUUGUUCUUACACUCCUAGUAAAAAUGUUUACAUUCCCCAAAGGGUUUUUAAUGACACUAACUAUUGUUAUUGUGGACUACAUAAAGCUGAUCCUGCUGACCAAAGCUGUUGUUUAUGUGGUGAUCAUCUUAUGACACUAAUACAUAAAAGUGUAAAAGAAGGGAAAAUUGUUGCAGGGUUAUCUUAG